UUGUUGUUUCUGACUCUCUCUCUCAAUCGCAGACGCGCUCUUACUCGCUCUCUGCCAUUUUGUGUCAGUUCUUGUUUCGACAUUCCCGUUUCUUGUGCCGACAUCUCCGAUCGUCGAUUUUUUUGUUUUGUCGUAUUUGUAUGUUGUAUUUAUCAAAGCGUGUUUCUUAUUUUGAGUUAUUACGUUUGUAUUUGUGACGCGAUUUGUACGAAAAGCGAUUUGUUUGCUGUCCGGGAGCACCGCACCCGCCGCCUCCGCCGCCACAUCCCCCGCCAAAACUACGACAACUGAGUGGGCACCGAAUGCCGAGAUUCUUGCAGCUAACGCAGUGGCCGCGUCUUCUCACAUACAGUUCAAUGCAAUUGCGCUGGUGCCGGCGUCAUCAACAGAUUAUCAAAUAAACGCGCGACAAGCGAUCGAACGAUCUUUCAAUUUAGUACAAGCGACUGCAGCAACUGCCACAAGAUGAGCUUCAGUUCGGCCAGCGGCCGAGAGAACAAUGUGCGCAAAUUGUCCUUCCUGGGCUUCAACACCAACAAGAAGAAGUCCGGCAAUGAGGACCCUGAUGAAGUGCUGCUGGAUGCGGAAAUGGAAAAAGUCUUUGCCGGUUCAAGCAAGCGCAAAGAUAAAUUUGAUGUAAACACAUUUCAGGACAACAGCCAGCAGCCAAUUGGUUCGCGCAAAAAGAAUAGCAUACGCACAAAUGACCUCAACAUAGAGGAGGACUCGGAGUACGAGAGCCAAACGGAACCUUUGAAUAAUGCACAAAAUUAUGAUGACAUACCAGAAGAUUUCCCAUUAGUCUCGGAGCGCGCUGGUCACGGAGAUCAUUCGGAUAACUCGGCGGAUGAGAAGCACGUGCAAUUUGGUGACAAUAAGAAGAAAAUUGUCAUCACUCCGCCUAGUCUGAGCUAUGAUGAACAGCCCACGGACCAAUCGCACGAACGUAAACGCCGAAAAAGCCGCCAUCAGUAUUAUAGACAACGUAAAUUCUCACAUCAGGACAGCGUGGAACCCAAAAAGACAAUCGAGGAGAAUGGUGAUGCAGGUGCGCGUAGGAUAUCUGUGCAGCCUGAGGACACGGCAUUGGAGACAAAUGCCCAAGCGCCGGCUACACAGGAAGCUGAUCUCAAUGAGCUAAGAUCACAUCGUUCGGAUGAUCCGCGCGCCUUGCGCCGCCACAAGAUUCAUCAUUCAUCCAUCAAGCUGCGCGAAUUGCCGCAAAUAACAAUUUCGCCGUUUCAAAACAAGAAGCCAGAGGUGGAUCACAGUCCACAUGAGAUCUUUGUACAAUUGGAUGAGCUUACGGGCGUGGGCGAAGAUCGUGAGUGGAAGGAAACUGCGCGUUGGAUCAAGUAUGAGGAAGAUGUGGAGGAGGGCUCCGAUCGCUGGGGCAAGCCGCAUGUGGCAUCUCUCUCCUUCCAUUCGCUGCUCAAUUUGCGUCGCUGCUUGGAAACGGGCGUUGUGCUGCUGGAUCUCAACGAGAAGGAUUUGCCAGCAGUUGCCUAUCGUGUGGUCGAGCAGAUGGUGGUCGAUGACCUCAUCGAUAUCAAUGACAAGCCAUCGGUAAUGCGUUCGCUGCUGCUGCGUCAUCGCCAUGUUAAUGAGCACCAGGGCGUGCUGCCCUUCACCAAGCGUAAAUACAACAGCUAUACGAGUCUGCAGCAACUACUGCCCAAAUCGCUACUUUGGAUGGGCGCCGAGGCGUCGCAACAGUUCCAGCAACAGCAGCAGCAGCUACAACAGCAAACGCAGCCACGGAGUCUGCCCAAGGCUAGGCGCAGCAUUUGCGUAACGAGCAGCGCACCGCCUGCGGCAAUAUUAGACGUGGGCGUGGGCAUGAGCGCCGCCCUAGAUCAUCGACGGCACUCAACGACUUCGUAUCUGGGUAAUCUAUCGGGCGGCACCGAUGACAAGAAGAUCAAGAUUAUGCCCGCCAGCGAAAUUGGCGGCAGCAAGCGCAGCAAUGAGCUGAAGAUUGACAUGAAGGAUGACCAGUACUCCUCCUCGCAGGAGGAUCUAAAGAAACUACAAAACGAUACCAUUCUCAAGCGCAUACCAGCGGGAGCAGAGGCCACCACAGUCUUGGUGGGCGCUGUGGAGUUUCUGGAGCAGCCUACGAUUGCCUUUGUGCGUUUGUCCGAGGGCGUGCUGAUGCCCACGCUGACUGAAGUGCCCGUGCCCGUGCGCUUUAUGUUUGUGCUGCUGGGUCCACGCAACUUUGACUUGGACUAUCAUGAGGUGGGUCGCUCCAUUUCCACGCUCAUGGCCAACGAGCACUUCCAUGCGAUUGCCUACAAGGCGGACGAUCGUCGCGAUUUGCUGUCGGCCAUCAAUGAGUUCUUGGAUGAUUCGAUUGUGCUGCCGCCAGGUAACUGGGAUCGCCACGAUCUGCUGCCCUUCGAGGAGCUCAAGGCCAAGAAAGACUGGAUACGCACGCGCAAGAUUAAGGCGCUGCAGGUGAAGCGCGACAGCGAAAUGAUUAAAAUAGGCCGCGACGAGGAGAAGGCGCUGCUGGACAAGCAGGCCUUGGGUGCCAUAACAGCGGGACCUGGCGGCCCGGGCGGCGAUGACGGCGACGAUGAUGGCGACGAUGGCAAAAAGAAGAAGCCCAGUCCCAUGGACAAAACAAAUCGUCUGUGGGGUGGGCUGCGCAACGAUCUGCUGCGUCGCAUGCCCAUGUAUAAGAGCGACAUACUCGAUGGCCUCAACACCGAAACGCUGGCGGCCACCAUAUUCAUGUACUUUGCCUGCCUGUCCACGGCCAUUACCUUUGGCGGUCUGGCCUCGGCCAAGACAGACAGCUGGAUCGGCAUAUCGGAGACGCUGAUUGCGUGCUCGCUGGUGGGCAUUGUCUUCCACACGUUCAGCUGCCAGCCCUUGGUCAUCAUAGGCACCACUGGUCCGCUGCUGCUGUUCGACGAGGCGCUCAUUGACUUUUGCCGGCAGCACAACUACGACUUCCUCGCUCUGCGCGUCUACGUGGGUAUCUGGCUAAUCAUCAUAGCGCUGUGUGUUUCCGCCUUUGAGGGCAGCGUCUAUGUGCGUUUGCUUACGCGCUUUACGCAGGAGAUUUUCUCGGCGCUCAUCACACUCAUCUACAUAGUGGAGACCAUGAUGAAGCUCGUGUCCAUCUACAAGCUCAAUCCGCUGCUCUCCGACUACAAUUUGCCGCCGCCCACGCUGGUGACGCACAACGUCAGCGCGAGCUUGAAUGGCACUUUGUUGAAUGCCACAACCACAAUGGCUUCACCCCUGCCCCAGCUGCCCAGCAAUCAGCCCAACACUGCGCUCUUCUGCACAAUCCUUACGCUGGCCACCUUUGUGGUCGCCUAUUACCUCAAACUGUUUCGCAACUCGCACUUCUUGGGCCGCAAUGCGCGCCGUGCGCUGGGCGACUUUGGUGUGCCCAUUUCCAUUGCCAUAUUUGUGCUGGUCGAUUACCUGGUGCCGUCUGUGUACACGGAGAAGCUGGUGGUGCCCGAGGGUUUGUCGCCCAGCGAUCCCUCGCGUCGCGGCUGGUUCAUAGGCUUCUAUCCCUUCGCCUCCUGGGUGCCCUUUGCCUGCGUGGUGCCCGCUCUGCUGGUCUACAUACUCAUCUUUAUGGAAUCACAAAUCUCUGAGCUGAUCGUCGACAAGCCGGAGCGCGGCUUGAAGAAGGGCUCCGGCCUGCAUUGGGACAUUGUCUUGCUCUGCCUGCUCAACUGCUUCUGCGGCAUGUUCGGCAUGCCCUGGCAUUGUGCCGCCACCGUACGCUCGGUGACGCACGUGUCCUCCGUAACGAUUAUGUCGCGCACGCAUGCGCCUGGCGACUCGCCCAAGAUUAUAGAUGUCAAGGAGCAGCGUUUGUCCGGCUUCUUUGUGUGUGUCAUGAUUGGACUGUCGGUGCUGAUGGCGCCACUGCUGCGUCUCAUACCCAUGGCCGUGCUCUUUGGCGUCUUUCUCUACAUGGGCAUAGCCUCCAUGAGCGGUGUGCAGCUGUUUGAGCGCAUAAGACUGUAUUUCAUGCCGGUUAAGCAUUAUCCACCCACAAACUAUGUGAAGCGUGUGCGUCCCUGGAAGCUGCAUCUGUUCACCACCAUACAGGUGGCUUGCUUGGCUGUCCUAUGGACUGUGAAGUCAUCAAAAUUCUCGCUUGCGUUUCCCUUCUUUCUCAUUAUGAUGGUGCCCAUACGGCAGCGUCUGGUGGCGCUCUACUCAACUGAGGAGCUGCAGGCACUGGAUGGCAGUGAGGUGCGAAAUGAUGAGGAUGAGCCGGACUUUUAUGAGCAAACAACUAUACCAGCUUAAAGCUGCAGCUUUAUGGAACGCUUCAAGUCGUGCAACGUUCAAAGUAUUACAAAUGAAAGUGUGGCAACAAAAAAUCUGGUGAUCGUCGUGAACGAACUACCUGCAUUAGUAUUUAGUUAUAGUGAAAAGUGAAAAGCAAACGAAAUCAAGCAAAAGCAUAAGCAAAAACUAUUAGUUUAUAGAGCCUGUAACAGGCGUCGUCGCAGCGCUGAUUAAGGCCCAGUUAAAGUGUGCCAGAGCUGAAACUCAAAAGCAAGCAAACGUUGUACCUAAAUUUUGAAACAUGACAUGGUAGAAUAUUUAUACAUAAAACAAGAGCAACAGCAAAGCAAGCAUACUAAGCAGCUAAAAGUAACUUUAUAUAUAAAGACUUUAAUAUGUUAAGCGUUAGUUGCGCAACUAGAAACUAUACAUAUAUAAUACCUUGCCUUAUGACAGGAUGUUUGCCAAGUGAAAGUAACUAUGAAGCACACACACACACACAAACAAAACAAUCACAUAUAUAUACACAAGCAAAUUUGUAUUUAUUUGGUACUCUCGUUAAUUAAUUUUUCGUUUAGCAGUAAUUCAUGCUUAUAUAUUAUAUAUAUCUAGUUGUAUAUUUACAAUAUCUAUAAUCGGUUUAGUUUCAUCGAAAGAGCAAUGAGCAUGUAGCAAAAAGAAAAAUGAUUGUAAACUAUUUAGCUUCAACUGGCGUAGUGAUAAUUAGUGUCAAACACACACAUACACAUACCAACUUUACUCCCACUUAAGACCCAAAACUGCGCGUACUUAAUACAACAGCAAGAUAUAUCUAAAUUUAUUCGAAAGUUUGUAAACGAAAAUUGUCUGCGUAAUUGGUUUAGCGCACACUUCAAAAGUGAAUGCUUCGUUGUGACGUAGUCGCUCUAAGUUUGCCUUUCUUUGUAUUAACUAUUAAAUAUACAUACAUAUAUAUAUAUAUACCUAUACCUUAUAUGAUAACUAUAUAUUAUAUUAACUAUAUAUAUAUGCAUAGUUUGAAAAACACACCCGUUUUAAGUGCGAGUGCAGUGCGGCAGAGAAAAACUUAUUUUAUAUGUAAAUUGCAUGUACUUACUCUUAAGUAGUUGUUGUCUAGUUUGUUUUAUUCAAAUUCAAAAUAAAUUACUUAAUUAU